UAUCAGAUAUUAUAUUACAAUAAUUUAAUUUAUCGAAUAACAUUUUGAUAUAAAAACCUUUGUUAGAGAUUUUCAAAAUCAGUAGCAACUACAGCUUGCAAACCAUUCACAUAAUUUAGCAAACAUGUACAAAAUUUUCUUUGUUUUAUCCGCUCUCGUUGCUGUGGUGUCUUGCGGUGGUGAUCCCGCCGAUACCGAGGCUACUCUCUACAAAUACACCAACGAAGUGCAUCCCGAUGGCAGUUACAAUUACGAAUAUGCCAGUUCAAAUGGUCUAGAUGUUUCCGAAACUGGUGUUGGUAGUUCUUAUGCCUCGGGCUCUUAUGCCUACACUUCACCCGAAGGUCAACCCAUUCAAUUGUCCUACACUGCCGAUGAGAAUGGCUAUCAACCACGUGGUGAUCAUUUACCUACUCCUCCACCAAUUCCCGAUUAUAUUUUGAAGGGUUUGGCUUACAUUGAAUCACAUCCUUUUGAGAAAAUCUCUUUGGCUAAGAAGUAAGGAGGAGUUGUAUGAACAAAAAUAUAGUUCAAGAUUACCUGAGAGAUGUUAAAAAAGAUGAUGGAUUAGAAAAAAACAUUUGUUAAUCGUUUUGUUGACUAGUUUUAAGAUAGAACAAUUUUUUAGUUUUAGUGAAAAUAAAAAAAUUUUAAAAAAAUACAUGUAAAUAGA